UACUACGUCUAGGCCCGGCUCGGGCUCUUGUUGCGCGAGGCGGGUGUGUGACGCCGCUCGCCGGUGUCCUCCCUCCCUGAGGCUGGGCCGGGCUGGAGCUGGAAGCAAUUCCCAGCAGACAGAGAUGGGCGUCCAGGGCCUCGCCGCCACUCGGAAACGCUUUUCUUCUUCCUCCUCCUCCUCCUCCUGCCGCUUUUGAGCCUGCUUUCCUUGCUCCUCCUCCUCCUCCUCGGCGCCUGGGCUACAGCUAGCCCCGAUGGAGACCCCCGUGGCGGGGCCGCCCGUCACCCUCAUCAUCAAAGCGCCCAACCAGAAAUACACCGACCAGACCAUCAGCUGCUUCUUGGACUGGACCGUGGGCAGGCUGAAGUGCCACCUCUCCAAGGUGUACCCCAGCAAGCCGUCUACAAAGGAUCAGAGGCUGGUGUAUUCUGGCAGAUUGCUUCCUGAUCACCUGCAGCUGAAAGAUAUUCUCAGAAAACAAGAUGAAUAUCAUAUGGUUCAUUUAGUCUGUUCUUCACGGACACCCCCGGGUUCUCCAAAGCCUGACACUAUUAGGGAAAACCAUGGCCCAUCAGCAUCUAGCAGCAUCUCGAGUUCAGAACAUUCAGGAUCAACAACUCCUUCUUCCCCCUCUCAAGAAACUUUACACACUAUCAGCAGUAGCUCUGAUGGUGUAAGGCAUCGUAACCUUCCACAAGCACAAAGCAAUCCCAUGCAAAGCCAUCAAGUCCCAUAUAUAAUGCAAGGCGAUGUAGGCAACCAGUUUCCUGGGCAAGGAGUGCCAGCUGGGUUUCCAGUGUAUCCUGCUUUCAGCCCUCUACAGAUGAUAUGGUGGCAACAGAUGUAUGCACGCCAGUAUUAUAUGCAAUAUCAAGCUGCAGUUUCUGCCCAGGCUGCACCCAGCACUGAAGCUGCUAGUCCUCCAGUUCCACAGCCCGCAAAUUCUGAGCGUGCUCCUGCAAAUGAGCCCCCAGCAGCACCAAAUGUAGUCCCACCGGAGAACAGGCCUGUAAAUCAAAAUGUCCAGAUGAAUGCUCAAGGAGGCCCAGUAAUGAAUGAGGAAGACUUCAAUCGAGACUGGCUAGACUGGAUGUACACAUUUUCGAGAGCUGCUAUUCUCCUAAGCAUUGUAUAUUUCUAUUCCUCCUUCAGUCGUUUUGUGAUGGUGAUGGGGGCCAUGUUACUGGUUUACCUACACCAAGCAGGGUGGUUCCCAUUCAGGCAAGAAGGAAUCCAACAGCCUGCAGCGAACAAUGCGGACAUGAAUCCUGAUGGGCAAAAUGUAAAUAAUGCCGGACUUGAAGAGAUGGAGCGCCUUAUGGAUGAUGGGAUCGAUGAAGACAGUGGCGAAGACAUAGUUGAUGUCAAUACAGAACAGCAUCCUGGGUUUAUGGCUUCUGCUUGGUCCUUCAUCACCACCUUCUUCACAUCCCUCAUCCCUGAAGGGCCUCCACAAGUUGGCAACUAAGCAAAGGAAGAACUGUCAGUAGUAGAGCAGCUAUGCUUUAAAGUGGAAGUUGACUCUAGGGGGGCGGGGGUAUUUUAAAUACAGUGCAAUUUCAAAAGAUUUAUAAUGUAAACUUUCUGAUCAUGAUGUACAAAAAUGUGUAUUUUUUUCAUUUUCAGCUUUCUCAUGCUUAUGAAUAUUUUAAGCAAAAGUGGACUACUAAAUGCUUUUUAAAAGAGUUUUCUUUAAAGAAGAAGAAAAAGAAAAAAUAUUGGUCUUCCAUAUUAUUGUUUUAAUUGUGUUAACACUGAGACAAGGAACUUGUAGUUGGUGUGCAAUGUCAUCCCUUUAAAGAGUUGUUACAUUACAAAUUCAGCAGUAAUAUGAAGAAAUAAGAUUCUUCACAGUAAAAUAGAACAUGUGUAGGAAUCUUUGUGUGUGUGAUUUUUACAAAUUCCUUAAAACAUGUUGUAUUACAGUUUUGAGUUUGUGGCAACUCAGUCUUGCCAGUGGCAUGCAUCUUCCCCCUCCUCUUCCCACGCCAUAAAUAAUACAGCAGCUCUUCAAAGGGAACAGACAGUGAUGGAAUACACGACAAACUGUUAAUACAUGCUGUGUUUUUUAAGACAUGUACUGCGAAGCACAGACACGUGUAAUUAGUUUUUUAAUUAAAAAAAGCUACAGUGAAAAGAA